CAUUAAGAAGCCCCGUUACUUUCCUAAGAAUCUUAUCCAUCAUCUCCCUCAAACACAAACCGCCAUUUUCCUCUGCUUCUUCCUCCAAUUCUUACUGUACAUUUUUGGUACGAUGAAAUAUCUACUACUUUCAAUUGCAUAGCACAAUCUCAAAUGUACAUCCACAAAAUAAUGGCAUUUUCAACAACAGCAAAGCUAUCUGAAUUACCAUUGCGCAACACUCUCCCAUUCACCUGUUCCCACUGUUCUUCCUCGCCUUAUUCAAUCUUUAAAUCCCCUAAACAUUGUUUUUCUCUCUCAAAAACCUUUUCUUCUCUCAAAACAACCCAAACCCACAAAAACCCACAUUCUAAAUAUCCCCAAAACCCUUCCAAAACCCCUAAUUCAGCUCCCUGGCUCAAGAAAUGGCCUGCAAUUGACCCGUCAAAUGUUCCGCUUGACGCCGGGGUUAGUGAUUCGAGUUCGAGGAUUAAAGUUGUGGAGAAUAAAGGGAAGGGUGCAAUUGAGAGGAUUGUAAAUAGGUUGAGGAGUUUGGGUUUGGAGUCAGAUGAUGAGGAAGUAAGUGAUAUGGAUGAUGAGGAUGAGGAGAAAUUGGGGGAUUUGUUGAAGAAAGAUUGGAUUAGGAAUGAUACUAUGUUGGUUGAAGAGGAGAAGAGGAGUGAUUUUGGGUUGUUGCCUUGGGAGAGGGAGGAGGAGGAGGAGCAAAAUGUGGGUGGAACUGCCCGAAUUCAGGAGGUGAGAGAAAAUGAGAAGGCAAAACGGGUUGUUAGAGCGCCAACAUUGGCUGAUUUGACAAUUGAGGAAUCAGAGUUGAAAAGAUUGAGAGGGCAAGGGAUGGUGUUGAGGGAUAAAGUCAAUGUGGCUAAAGCUGGGGUUACUCAGGCUGUGUUGGAGAAGAUUCAUGCUAAAUGGAGAAAAACUGAGUUGGUUAGGUUGAGAUUUCACGAAGAUUUAGCUCAUGAUAUGAAGACUGCCCAUAUUCUUGUAGAGCGCCGAACUGGAGGAUUAGUUAUAUGGAGAUCGGGAAGUGUCAUGGUGGUGUACCGUGGAAAGAACUAUGAGGGACCACCAUCUAAAUCUUCAGCAGAUGCAUCUUCUGUAAAUAUAGCUGCAGUGAAUAAUGAAAAUGCUGCUGGUGCAUCGAUAGAAACUACUUCACCUCAUGUACAGGCUCUACAACAGUCUAGGAGUCUGACAGCAGAGGAAGUUGAAUACAAUGAUCUUCUUGAUUGUUUAGGUCCUCGAUUUGUUGAUUGGUGGGGUACAGGAAUACUUCCGGUUGAUGGUGAUUUGCUUCCUCAAACAGUUCCUGGUUUCCAUCCACCAUUGAGGCUACUUCCAUCUGGUAUGCGGUUGGGAUUGACAAACGCUGAGUUGACCAAUUUACGGAAGCUGGCGAAGACCCUUCCUUGUCAUUUUGCUCUUGGUAGGAAUAGACAUCAUCAGGGCUUGGCAGCUUCUAUAAUUAAGCUUUGGGAAAAGAGUUUAGUGGCGAAGAUUGCUGUAAAACGAGGAGUUCAGAACACUAACAACGAGCUGAUGUCGGAGGAGUUGAAGACACUCACAGGAGGCACCUUACUGCUGCGGAACAAAUUUUUUAUUGUUCUAUACCGGGGAAAAGAUUUCCUUCCAAGUAGUGUCGCCACUGCUGUAUUGGAAAGACAGGAACUCACAAAAAGAAUCCAAGAUGCUGAAGAAAAUGCACGAAUUGGAUCUUUCGAGGCAACUAGUUCUUGUGAAGCUGAAGAUGCACCUGCUGGUACAUUAGCUGAAUUCUAUGAAGCCCAAGCCAGGUGGGGCAGAGAAAUAUCAGCUGAGGAACUAGAAAAGAUGAGAGAAGAAGCUUCUUCUGCUAAAAAUGUGAAGGAGGUCAAAAAAGUUGAACAUAAAUUAGCUCUGGCCCAGUCAAAGAAGCUUCGAGCAGAGACAUUGUUAGCGAGAAUAGAAGCAUCGAUGAUACCUGUUAGUCCAUCUGAUGACCUGGAAACAAUCACUGACGAGGAAAGGUUUACGUUUCGCAGGAUUGGUUUAAGCAUGAAGGCCUACUUGCCUCUUGGUAUCCGUGGUAUCUUUGAUGGUGUCAUUGAAAAUAUGCAUUUGCAUUGGAAGCAUAGAGAAUUAGUUAAGUUAAUCACCAAACAGAAAACCCUUGCCUUUGUGGAAGAAACAGCAAGACUAUUAGAGUAUGAGAGUGGUGGCAUAUUGGUCGCUAUAGAACGGGUGCCAAAAGGGUAUGCUCUCAUAUAUUACCGUGGAAAGAAUUAUCAGAGGCCUGUCAGCUUGAGGCCAAGAAAUCUUUUGACAAAACAAAAAGCAUUCAAACGUGCUAUUGCGAUGCAGCGCCACGAGGCGCUCAGUCAGCACAUAUCUGAAUUGGAGAGAAAUAUAGACCAGAUCAAAGAUGGUGAUAGUAAAGCUGCAGAAGAUGAAAAAGAGUUUGGUUCAGACUCAGAAAUCCGCCAAAGUGCGUCGACUAUUAAUCUAGAUUCUGGUGACGAGGAUGAUGAUGACUUUAAUGAUUCUGAUGACGACUUCAAUAACUCUGAUGAUGAUUUUGAUUAUCCGGAUGAUGGUUCCGAUGAAUCCACUAGUGUUGAAGACUAUGCUUAAUCCCUCCAUUGAAGAGUUGAUUAAUUAAAUUUCGAAUUGGACAACUUUUCUGCAGAGGCUAAAACGAAGCUAAAGCGUUGCACGGAGAUUGCUGAGCGGGAUGCUUGUACUGUAUUUACUAGGAUGGCAUUCCUCCAUGAUCAAAAUCAUGGUGGAACCAUUUUCAUCCAUGCAUUCUCAAUGUCAUCUAAAUAUUUUUCUAUUCGACGUUCUAUAGAAUCCUGGAACAUCCUCACCAUCAAAUCCAUCUACCGUGAAGCAAAUUGAGUGGCUAAAUUUCUUUCAACUUUUAGAUAAACUAGUAUUCCUUUAAUCUUGCUCCUUUGUAAUUUAGAUCAUCCUAUACUUUAGAUAAAUCAUCACUAAAUGUACUGCCGACCGCACUGUUCCUUUGUAACAUCACAAGUUUAUAAAAAUCUUUGUUUGUUCA